UUGAGCUACUUGAGAGGGGUGGGUGUUGCAGGCAGAAGCCGCUUUUGCUUAGUGCUUUUGUCGCCCCAGACCGUUCUGGCGCUCACGGCCAGUGUCGGUGUCCUGUGUUCACGGACCACGAUCGUAUAGUUCAGGGUCCUGUUCGCUCCCUGCAGGGCUCCAGCCUCGGCGUCCCCUCAGCAGCCGGCGUCGUCACUGGCGCCGCCGCCUGAGUGGCAGGCCGCCGCGGACUGCGGAGCCCAUGAAGGCGCGGGCCCCGCCGCCGCAAUUGCGGCGCUGCCGGUGUUUUGGAGCGACCCGAACCUGUCCGGGCAUGACGGCGGCAUGAGCACGGACGGAGAGUCGCCGGAGGAACCGGGGUGGAAGGCGACGGCAUCACCCAAGGCGGCAGCCAUGCCUGAGAAGCGCGGGAGCGCUCAGGCCGCGAGUGGCAGCUGGCUACAAGGCUUUGGCCAGCCAAGUGUUUACCAUGCUGCUAUUGUCAUCUUCUUUGAAUUCUUUGCAUGGGGCCUGUUGACAACUCCAAUGCUGACUGUUUUACAUGAAACAUUUCCUCAACACACAUUCCUCAUGAAUGGUCUCAUUCAAGGCGUAAAGGGCCUGCUCUCUUUUCUGAGUGCUCCACUCAUAGGAGCUCUCUCUGAUGUGUGGGGCAGGAAGCCCUUUCUCCUUGGCACCGUCUUCUUUACCUGCUUUCCUAUCCCACUGAUGAGGAUCAGCCCUUGGUGGUAUUUUGGCAUGAUUUCUGUAUCUGGAGUCUUCUCAGUUACUUUCUCUGUAAUAUUUGCCUAUGUAGCUGACUUCACUCAAGAGCAUGAAAGAAGUACUGCUUAUGGAUGGGUCUCAGCUACCUUUGCAGCUAGUCUGGUUAGCAGCCCAGCUAUUGGAACAUACCUCUCUGCAAAUUAUGGAGACAGUCUUGUUGUGCUGGUAGCCACAGUGGUGGCUCUCCUAGACAUCUGCUUCAUUUUGGUAGCAGUUCCAGAAUCUCUACCGGAGAAAAUUAGACCUGCUUCCUGGGGAGCUCAGAUUUCUUGGAAACAAGCAGACCCUUUUGCGUCCUUAAAGAAAGUUGGGAAAGAUUCUACAGUCUUACUCAUCUGCAUCACAGUGUUUCUCUCGUACCUUCCCGAAGCUGGGCAAUAUUCCAGCUUUUUUCUCUAUCUCAGGCAGGUCAUAGGUUUUGGAUCUGUGAAAAUUGUAGCAUUCAUAGCUAUGGUAGGAAUUCUGUCAAUUGUGGCUCAGACAGUCUUCCUUAGCAAAUUGAUGAGAUCACUAGGGAAUAAGAAUACUGUCCUCCUUGGCUUGGGUUUCCAGAUGCUCCAACUUGCCUGGUAUGGUUUUGGAUCUCAGGCCUGGAUGAUGUGGGCAGCAGGAACUGUGGCUGCCAUGUCCAGCAUUACAUUCCCAGCAGUCAGUGCCCUCAUCUCUAGGAAUGCAGAGUCAGAUCAACAAGGGGUUGCCCAGGGGAUCAUAACAGGAAUACGAGGACUUUGUAAUGGCCUAGGACCAGCACUGUAUGGCUUCAUAUUCUACCUGUUCCAUGUUGAACUGAACGAAUUGGGCCCAGACUUGAAUUCUGAUGAUGAUCCCUUACAGGGAGCUUUCAUCCCAGGCCCACCAUUUUUAUUUGGAGCAUGUAUAGUUCUUAUGUCUUUUCUGGUUGCCUUAUUCAUCCCUGAAUACCGUAAAACUGGUGGAGUUCAAAAACAUAACAACAACAUCAGUGGCAGCCCAAGCACUCCCCCUGAACGGGGCUGUGAUGAGGACAUUGAACCAUUACUGCAAGACAGCAGCAUCUGGGAGCUCUCCUUUGAAGAGCCUGGAAAUCAGUGCACUGAACUAUAACCCAGCAGUACCCAGCAGUAAGGGAGGUUCUGCAGACACCGUCUGAGAGCCAUGGAGGAAGCUGCACCACCUGGAGACUUCAUGGUGCUGGGGGGGCAAUGCUAACAGCAUCCUUUGGGCCAAGUUUAAUAGGUUACUCUUUCAUGCCUUUACCCUUCACUCUUCUGCCUCUUUCUGUUCCUUUACUCCCAUUCUUUUUCUUCCUGUUUAUAUAUUCUAAGAAAGAUUGAAAAUGCUUCACAGAAAAUAUGAAACUCUCAAGGUUAUUUGGAAUCUAGACUUUAAAACUUUAAUGGGAAAAUCCUAUCUGGUAGGAAAGGUUGCCUUUCCUUCAGGAACUAGAAUGAGAGUGGCAGCAAUUUUUCUGUUCCCUUGUUGGUAGAAGGUGUGAGGUUAGAGUGCUAAC